CGCGAGAGGCGCGGCCGGGCGACGGCGGCGGCAGUCGGCGCGGUGGCGCAGGAUGAUGCGGCUGUGGCGCUCGGCGCUGCUGCGGGAGCUGCUGCUGCUCGGCCCGCCGGGGGCGGCCGGCGGCGGGGCCGCGGCCCCGGGACCCGCCGUCGGCACCAGGCGCCUCCCGCCGCCGCUCGCCACCCUCGGCGCCUGCCCACCCGCCGCCCGCCGCGGCCCGGCGGCGCUACCGGCGGCGCGGGGUCUGUGCACCCGCUCGGAGGGAGCCUUGGAGGAGCCGGGGAAGGGGGCGCAGGCGCCGUCGGCGGCUCCCGGCGAGCCCCCCGCCGAUAGCGGGCACAACAAUAAUCACGGCGGCAAGGAGGUGGCCGGAGGCGGCGAGAAUAAAAUGAAGCAAGGUCUCCUUCCUAGCUUAGAAGAUCUACUUUUCUAUACUAUUGCAGAAGGACAAGAAAAGAUACCAGUUCAUAAAUUCAUAACUGCACUCAAAUCUACAGGAUUACGUACAUCUGACCCUCGAUUGAAAGAGUGCAUGGAUAUGUUAAGACUGACUCUUCAGACAACUUCAGAUGGUGUUAUGCUGGAUAAAGACCUUUUUAAAAAGUGUGUACAAAGUAAUAUUGUGUUGCUUACUCAAGCUUUCAGGAGGAAGUUUGUCAUUCCGGAUUUUAUGUCGUUUACUUCUCAUAUUGAUGAGCUAUAUGAAAGUGCUAAAAAACAAUCUGGAGGAAAGGUUGCUGAUUAUAUUCCUCAACUGGCCAAGUUCAGCCCUGAUUUGUGGGGUGUGUCACUUUGCACCGUCGAUGGACAGAGGCAUUCUGUUGGCGAUACCAAAGUUCCGUUUUGUCUUCAGUCCUGUGUCAAGCCUUUGAAAUACGCUAUUGCUGUUAAUGAUCUUGGCACAGAGUAUGUGCACAGAUAUGUUGGGAAAGAGCCUAGUGGACUAAGAUUCAACAAAUUGUUCCUGAAUGAAGACGACAGGCCUCAUAACCCUAUGGUGAAUGCUGGAGCAAUUGUGAUCACAUCUUUAAUCAAGCAAGGAGCAAAUAAUGCAGAAAAAUUUGACUACGUGAUGCAGUUCAUGAAUAAAAUGGCCGGUAAUGAGUAUGUUGGAUUCAGUAAUGCUACGUUCCAGUCUGAAAGAGAGAGUGGAGAUAGAAACUUUGCAAUUGGCUAUUACCUGAAAGAAAAAAAGUGCUUUCCUGAAGGCACAGAUAUGGUUGCUAUACUAGACUUCUAUUUUCAGCUUUGCUCAAUAGAAGUAACAUGUGAAUCAGCAAGUGUGAUGGCAGCAACUCUGGCUAACGGUGGCUUUUGCCCAAUCACUGGUGAAAGAGUACUGAGUCCUGAAGCAGUCCGGAAUACCUUGAGCUUAAUGCAUUCCUGUGGCAUGUAUGACUUUUCAGGGCAGUUUGCCUUCCAUGUUGGUCUUCCUGCAAAAUCUGGAGUUGCUGGUGGGAUUCUUCUGGUUGUUCCUAAUGUCAUGGGCUUGAUGUGCUGGUCACCUCCUUUGGACAAGAUGGGCAACAGUGUUAAAGGAAUUCACUUUUGUCACGAUCUGGUUUCUCUGUGCAAUUUCCAUAACUACGAUAAUCUGAGACACUUUGCAAAAAAGCUUGAUCCUCGCAGAGAAGGUGGUGAUCAGCGGGUGAAGUCUGUGAUAAAUCUGCUGUUUGCUGCCUACACAGGGGAUGUGUCUGCACUCCGGAGAUUUGCUCUGUCAGGAAUGGAUAUGGAGCAAAGAGACUAUGACUCACGGACAGCCCUCCACGUGGCAGCUGCAGAAGGACAUGUGGAUGUUGUUAAGUUUCUACUGGAAGCAUGCAAAGUGAAUCCCUUCCCCAAAGACAGGUGGAAUAACACUCCUAUGGAUGAAGCUUUACAUUUCGGACACCAUGACGUUUUUAAAAUUCUUCAAGAGUAUCAGGUCCAGUACACGCCAUCAGAGGAUUCCAACAACGGGAAGGAGAACCGAACGGUUCAUAAAAAUCUGGAUGGCUUACUAUAAUCAUCUUCAGCUAGAUCCUAAGAAUCAAAUCACUUACUAUUUAAUUGUGGUAUACAUAAGUAAUGAAGAGCGUGUGUGUUUCUAUCUGAUAGUGGUAUAUAUUUUACAGAAGUCUCUGUUACUUCAGUGUUACGUUACAGGAGUUUCUAUACGCACAGGACAAAUCCAAUCUCUUCAAAAGAAACAAAACCAACUAAGAAUCUCCCUCCAUAAUGUGAGCAAUAUUACCUCAUGCUGCAUAUAAUUGAUGUAUAAAAAUAUUUAGCUGUUGUUGGCUUUACUGUGCACUACUUAAUUUAUUUUUGUGUUCUGUGUGAACUCUAGUCUGUGGUCAGGAAUUUUUCUGCUGAAUUUUUGUUUCUCUAGCCCUCUGUUUUCAGUAUGGCCAAGGUGAGCCAGAGUACUGUCAGGUAUGAGCGUCAGUGAGGUUUUUUUGAAAGCUGAAGAUGCUGAUGUAGAUUUAGGCUGGGUGUGUUAAGAAAGGAUCUGCACUUAUCUUUUGGAAAAAAAAUAUUUCCACACAACCUUGUUUACAUAAUAUAAAUAUCACAGAGUAUAUAGGUGACAAUUGUCAAUGGUCUAGGCUUGUUCUUAGAGAUAGUCUUGUCAGGGAAUGUGUUUAAAGGUUUGUUUGACCAAAUGGCGUAGGGGAACGUGACUUGUAACACCAGUGUGGAGUGGGGUUUUUGUUUGGAAGUGUUUCUUUCAGUUCCCUCUGUCUUGCCUCCCUCCUCUCUCCAUGUUCAGCUGCUAAAGUACUUCCCUGUGACAGGGGAAAGUGGGUGCAGGUGUUCCUUGCAGGUCUGUUUGCACUACAGCAAGCCUUGGCAAGCUGCAAACCCCCACUGGGGCUGGCAGGUGCGUCCUGGGUGGAUGCACCAGGAGCCAGCAAGGGGAAUGGAAGCACAGGAAAGGCAGAGAACCAAACCAAAUACUACAUGUAACUCUGAACUCAUUUAGGCUUGUUAUAAGGAACACGGAUGGAGUGAAACAGCUUUAAGGAGCAUAGAGCCAAUCAAAACAUGGGCAGAGCAGGAGAUAAGCCAGGUUUUGGGGUAUGUUCUCUUCUUGCACUGCCAUCAACCAGGGAGCAGGAUACUGCAUCAGUGGGAUUCUGCUGGUGCAGAACAGGAAUUCAGCACCAGGAGCACAAGUAGGUAAAUGCCUUUUGUGGUGGCAUUUAAUGUCUUGCCAUUGGAGCCAGCGUGGCACGUGCCCUGUUAUGGGAAAUGUAGAUGCAGAUAUUUGUUGUUUGCAGAAGUACAAUGUUCCCACAGCUCCCUGUCCCAUGUGCAAUUGCUUCUGCCAGUACUGUGGCAUAAAACCUCAUAAGUGAGCAGUCACUUAAGAAAUUAGCAAAACACCAGAGUUGUUGGACAUAGGCAAGAAUUUUAGCACAAGAAUUUUAGGCAAGAAUCAUUUAGCACACAGAAAAGGAGAUUGUGCUUGAGAAUUGUGUAUAUGGUGGUUUUUAUCCUAACACAUAGUGUACAAGUCAUUAGAUCUCAAAGUUCAAACUUUCUGUGUUUUGGCACCAAAAUCCUCCUGAAUAAUGCCCAAAUUCUUUCCAGAAUGGCCCAAGCACUUUACAGAGAUGAUCUGAACCACAUUAUCCUCCUUUAGCAAUGGGUACACUAAGGCUUAGAGAGAAAUAACUUCUCCAGAGCAACCCAGCAGGUCAGUAUAGUUGAGAACAGAACCUUUCUAGUUCCUGUACAGUUUCUUGUUGAUAUGCCAUACUGCCUCCCUGCAGGAGGACAAAUCACAUGGAAAAGUGCUUGGUACUCAUCACAAAUAGUGACUGUCUUCAUGAUGAUGAAAUCUUGGAAGAGUCUGAAAGUCUAAAGCCCUGAAAUAGCAUUUCGAAGCUGGCUGGCAUGGUUAUCAAACACUUUUUCUCAAGAAUCUUAACUGUUCUUAAGCUGGUUGUUUUUUUUGGCUUGGUUUUUUUUGGGGGGGGGGGGUUUGGUUUUUUUUUUUGUGAAGAUCAGCUAUUUUUCUGAAGGCUUUUAGCCCCUUCUUUUCACAUCCUGUGUCACCACCACCUCAAUUCUAACCAAGACCGAGCCUCCAGCUCUUUGUUGAGCCACAUUGGUCACUGAGUAGCACAAGGCCUCUUCUCUGCUGCACCCUGAACUAAAUUCCAACAUGUUUUCUCUGGUAACAGAUCUGUUGGCUGUAGUGUAAAGGAAUACUUUCAGAUGGAUUCUACUUUAGUAUUCUGAAUUUCUGUGCUAAUCUGACUUCUUCCAUAUUUUUUUCCCCUAUUAAAACACAUCCUGUAGCUUCUCAGAAAAAUACCUGAUUUAGCUUUAUUUAACUGACAUUGCAUUUUUCAAACUGGCAUUUUUAAAAGAUAGGUAUAUUAUAUAGUAUGCAUAUAUAAACAAACCAAAACCAAAAGGAUUUUAACUGGGUUGACAUUGAAGAUCACAGCUGUCCCUAAAGUUAACGCUUUCAUACCGCGUGCUUUUAGCCAGUCUUUAGCUUCAGUGCAUUUUUGCUGGUUAGUUUUAGUAUUUUCUCAUUGUGAGAAGAUGGAUUACUUUGUAAUGUCCAAUUCAGCGAUGCAGCUACUUAGACAUGGCGUUAUUUAUAACUAUAAAUAUAUGCAGUACAGUGGUUUGGCUGUUUAUCAUUCAUGACACCGACAUGUAGACUUUACAGUAAAUAGCUUUUGGUUAUCUUAUCCAACGCUGACUUCCUUAUGCUCCAAAGAGGAUUCCCCCACUCCUUUGUUUUUAUGUCAUAUAUGUUUCUUCUGUAUCACAACCUAAAAAGUUGUUAAGCUAACUUAAUGCUUUGUACUCAGAAAUCUUGUGGUAGUCUUAGCAUUAAUUAGCCUAUCUUUGUGAACAAACUGUAUUGUACCAGAUUUUUUUGCUUCAGAGCUGGACUAUCCGUGACUAUACUUACUGGCAGUGUACUUCUGGUCAUUGUAACUGACUGGGCUGAUCUUGACUUUAGAUUCUGUAUUGUGGGGACUAGACAGUGAUGAAUGUAUUUCUAGCGGUUUCCCAUGAAAUGAAUCUAAACUUGAGCUGUACUGGUUCUGAAAAUGAAAGUUAUUUAUUUUAAGAAAUAAAUUCCAGAUAGUGUUGCUUUUUACAGCAUAAUAAAUGGAAAUACCAAGACGA